UUCACGAGGAGCGAUUUGCGUAAAUCUGCCGGUUUUUGCAAUCCAAAAAUCAGUUUCUUCGUAAUAUUUUAAAAGUUUUAAAAUGAUUUAGUUCAAAUACUGUGGGAAAAAGGUUUUUAAGUGAAAUACGAGCAAACUCUGAAUAUUGUUUCGUAGAAAAUGUUGUUCAAACUGGUGUCGCUGUCGCAUUCCAUGCACAUAUCGCGUGCGAUACCUCUCCUUAUCAGACAUUCUCGCCUCACCAUAGCUCGCAGCUUGAGCACUACCAGGUGGCUCGGCUCGGACGACGAUGAUUCCCACUUCGAUCGGAUCCCGGUCAGUCGAAUCCGCAAUUUCAGCAUAAUCGCCCACGUCGACCAUGGGAAAAGUACCCUGGCGGAUCGGCUGCUCGAACUGACCGGAACGAUCUCGAAGAAAGCUGGCAAUAAACAGGUGCUGGACAGCUUGCAGGUUGAGAAGGAACGCGGAAUCACGGUGAAGGCUCAAACGGCAUCGCUAGUUUAUCCGUACGAAGGGGAGACGUAUCUGCUGAAUUUGAUUGACACCCCGGGUCAUGUGGACUUUUCCAAUGAGGUGUCCCGGUCGUUGGCCGCCUGCGACGGGGUGAUUCUGCUCGUGGAUGCCAACGAAGGAGUGCAGGCUCAAACCGUGGCCAAUUUUCAUCUGGCUCGGUCCAAGCAGCUUGUGAUUGUCCCGGUGUUAAAUAAGAUCGAUCUGAAGAACGCCAGGCCCGACGCGGUGGCUCAGGAACUGUUCACACUGUUCGAGAUCGAUCCGGAUGAGGUGCUAAGGAUAUCGGCCAAAGUUGGAACCGGCUGCGAUGCGGUGCUGAGGGAGAUUGUCCGGAGGCUUCCGGCUCCGGAUGCCCAGAGGGAGGCGAACUUCCGGGCGCUGAUAUUCGACAGCUGGUUCGAUCGGUACCGAGGGGCGUUGAACUUGAUUUUCGUGAAGGACGGUGAGGUCAGGACGGGUCAGGAGAUUGUCUCCUGUCACACGGGCAAGUCGUAUGAGGUGAAAAGCUUAGCGAUGCUGCGACCGGACGAGAGGAAGGUGGACAAGCUGGUGGCUGGACAGGUUGGUCUUCUGGGAUGCAACAUGAGAACGAGCAAGGAGUCGAAUAUAGGCGAUACACUGUACGUCAAGAAAGACAAAACCUGUGUUCCGUUGCCGGGUUUCAAACCACAGCAAGCGAUGGUGUUCGCAGGGGUGUACCCGGCGGAUCAAUCCCAGCAUCCGUACCUGAAGGGGGCGAUCGAAAAGCUAGUCCUCAACGAUUCCGCAGUUACGGUUACACCGGAUUCCAGUCCAGCUCUCGGACAGGGAUGGCGACUAGGGUUCUUGGGUCUGUUGCAUUUGGACGUGUUCAGUCAGCGGCUCCAGCAGGAGUAUGACGCCGAUCCGAUUCUUACGGCCCCUUCCGUGACCUACCGGAUCAAACUGAAAGGGGCCAAGAUCAUUGCGGCGCAUGGCGGGAGCGAGGAGAUCUACGUGAGCAAUCCGGCUUUGUUCCCGGAUAGGACUAUGGUCGAGGAAUACUACGAACCGUACGUGCUGGGGACGAUCAUCGCUCCAACGGAGUGCACUGGGCCCAUAAUCGGGCUGUGCGUUGAGCGUAGAGCCAUCCAAAAGACGUCCAUCAACAUUGACAACGAUCGGAUAAUGACCACCUAUCUGAUGCCGCUGAAUGAGAUCGUGUUGGACUUCCACGAUCAGUUGAAAUCGAUCAGCUCCGGGUAUGCCAGUUUCGACUACGAGGAUCAUGGUUACGUUCCGAGUGCGCUGGUCCGGAUGGAUAUUUUGCUGAACGGACAGAUGGUCGAUGAGCUGUGCACUGUUGUGCACAUUAGUAAAGCUCAAUCACACGCGAGGGAGCUGGUGCUGAAGCUAAAGGAGUUGAUCCCCAGGCAGAUGGUGCAGAUUGCCAUUCAGGCGGUGGUCGGCGGAAAAGUUGUGGGUCGAGAGACUCUGAAGGCGUACCGGAAGGAUGUAACGGCGAAGUUGUAUGGCGGUGAUGUGACUCGAAGGAUGAAAUUGCUCAAACAGCAAGCCGAAGGCAAGAAGAAGAUGCGAGCAAUUGCCAACAUCAAUGUCCCGAAGGAUACGUUCAUCAAUGUUCUGAAGCGAUAGCGAAGGUAAGCACGUUGACAAACCAGUUGUAAAUAUAGCAAAAAGUUUAUGCUAG